AACGGACGGCUUCAGUUGCAUCACAAGCGCACUUCAACAACGUCGACAUGACUCCAGUCUUGCUGAGCCUCGCGCUGCUGUUCGGCGUUAAUGCUGUUUUGAACGCAGCUGUCAUCGGCGACAUGCCGGAAGUUGUGGUUUUCCCAGGGGACGAUGGAAUUCUUCCCUGCACAGCUAAACAGCAGCCCGGUGUCCAGUACAGGGCAGCGAGGUGGUACCAGGUCAGAGAGGAUCCGUCUGAUAGUCUCUGGGGCCUUUUGACCAGAAACCUCCCAAACGGUACGACCAGUUUGUACGCUGGCGUGGAGAGAGAGGUGUCGUUUCUGGACGAGUCCAACAGCAUCUACCUGCCCAACGUGACGUGCGGCGACAGCGGCGUCUACUUGUGUCACCUGGCAGCACCUGUGGGACAGCAGAUCCGAGAGGGGAAGGUCCUCCUCGCUGUGGCAGAUUGUCCUGCUGCUCCCACAGAAAGUGGGAUGUCGGAUACUUACUUGGUUGUUUUCGCCACAGCGCUGCUGAUGGUAGCACUUGUCAUUUUCCUGUUAAGCUAUGGUUGUUUGAAGAACACCGUCAAAGAAAAAAAGAAGACGCCAAAAAAAGUAACGUUACUGGACGCGCCGCUCAAACCGCUUGAAAAGAAGGACUUGAUGUUGAUCUAUACCUUGGGGCCGAAAACAUCCACAAUGAAGCAUGUUUAUGUUUAAAUCCAACUUCAAGGAGGAAGAACCGGCUACGAGCUCACCUAUUUCCUUCUAAUUUAAAUCCAUUGUCAGAAAACCAAGCAAGCAGACGCCGAGUCAGGGAAAGUCAGGUUUCGUUGGACGACCCUUAAUUGUUUAAUGAUGCCUCUACCCUUAAAACUUCAACUGACGACUUGAAGGAAAGCCAGAAGGCGUUAGAGGAAGGUGGGCGCAGGGAUCGGGGUCCUGCACAGACGGUGCCAGCGGUGGAGAACCAGGACGUGGUGCUGGCAGUCACUCCUCCGCCGCCACAGAGGAGAGCGUCUUCGCAGUGACUCAAGAAGAAGAGAGAGUUCUGAGAGAGUAGGAAAAAUAGGCAGGCGGCGUGCAUGUUGGAGUGUCAACACAACAAGAUAGUCAGCAUGUUGCAUGGUCGCUCGCUGCCACAGGUGUUUGUGGAAGCGUAAAGGAAAGACAACUUUAGAAGUGCAUGAUGAGCCCCUGGUCUCAUGCUGUUAUGCAUUUAAAAAAAGAGCCUGAAGAUUAGGUAGUAAAGCAGGACCCCCCCCCCUUAAAGUAAAGCUGCUGUAUGCAAAUUUGUCCGAACAGUAGCAAUUACAGUUACAGAACAAUUAUGUUUGGUAGCUUGGCCAUGAGAUAUUUUUAUUUUUUCAUUAAACCAGGAAAACUGCACUUGAGAUUAGGAGAUAAACCGAGACUCCUAGCAAACCUCUGAAUGUAUUGAUGUGAGCUGUAAAAAGAAGCUCAUGAUAUUUCUUUUUUUAAGUGGUUAAGAUUUAUGACCAUUUAUGACUGCUGUCAUAAUUGGUCAUUGACCAAUUAUGACAGCAGUUAUUUUGUUUAAUGUGCACCAGAAUAGAUUUGUAGCUGAGAUCCUUUGGAUUUCAUGGGCCUUUGGAUAGCAGCUCCCUUAAUCCAACUACUGUUCCUGCAUUGAACGCAUCAUGUUUCAAAGUUCUCACAACACGUUAUUACGUGCUAAAAAUAUGCUUUUAUUGAAUUACAUGAUGUUCAGCUGAGUUGUAGGAAGUUCAACAAAAGAAGGAAUUCAGGAAAAGAAAUAUUUGAUUCCCUCAUUUCUAGACUGCUCAUCCUGUAGCCAGGAAUGAAUGAGUGGAAUUACUGUCCUGUGAUCACAGAUAUUCAGGGAGCAUAUAUGACUGAAAAAGCACGAGUGGCGAUUGUCUCCAUAUAAUUUGCACUAACUGAGCCAUCACAGAUUCCAGCCUGUAGUUAUUAGGGCUUUGGAAUCUGUUUAAUGUUGUAAUGUUUUUGUUUUUUUGUUCUAUAAAUUAUGCAUCAUUUGUUUCAUCUAAUGAUUCUUUAGAUACCACUAUGGAAAGUGACUCUGUACAUCUGAAACAUCUUUUUUUUUUGUGUGUCUGUUUACAUCAUUUUGUCCAUUUGACUAAAAAAAGAUGCAGAGCUACGUGUGGUUGAUCACAGGCUGAUCACAUUUUUCAUAUAAAGGGGAAAUGGUAACUCAUGACAUAUUCGUACGCCUCUGCUCUGUCUGCAUUUUGAACUUUAGGGAUAUGGGAAAGCCCCGGGUCAUUGUGGUCUGUGUUUUUUUUUGCAUUUGUCACUUCUCCUUUGAAAACAACAAUUGUGCGUAACUAGUCAUUCGUCAGAACUUGUUAGUGUUAUGUGGAUUUUAUGUCGUAAAAGUAUAUAUAUUUUUACAUUAACACUGUUCCUAUUAAAGUUUAAAUGUACAAGGGGAAAAAAACAAAACAAAAACACUUUCCAGUCCGAAAGCUGCUGCACUAGCGCUGUACCUGUGUGUAGCCUAAAGCAUUACAAAAUAAAAGUCUUUCAAUGAACAUGA